GGAAGAGUCAGUUAAAGGAAGAAACACUCUACAUUGAUCACUGUCAGAGAAGAGAGCACGAGAGCGAGACAGGAAAAGUGUAAAGUUUGUCCUCUGGAGGGAGACACUGACUGUCUCAAUCAUCAAAUCAGGAUGUUUGUUCUCAUCUGGGCGACUCUGCUUUUCUCUGUGAGAGACAACAAUGCUGUCACAGGUGAAUCGGUGGGGGAAAUAACAAGGUGUAACAGAGGAUUCUGUAUCACUCUCAGAGGAGGAGAAGUAACAGCAGAGGCUGGACUCUGUGUUGUGAUACCGUGUUCUUUCACCACUGGUUAUGGCUUUACACCUCAACAUAUGGUGUGGUACAAAUGUGAACCAUCUAAAUAUAGUUGUGGUGAUUCAGACAUGAUACUCCACACUAACAAGAACAACAAAGAAGUUCAGUCUGGGUUUAUGGGAAGAGUUUCACUGUUGGAGCCUGACGUGAGUCAGAAGAACUGCAGCAUCAUCAUCAAUGACCUCACUGAGUCAGACUCUGGAUCAUAUCGACUCAGAGUUAAUGGUUUCCAGUAUGGGAAUAAUGUUGGAUUUACAUUCUAUCAAAGAGCAACUGUCUCUGUUAAAGGUCUGACCCAGAAGCCCACAGUGAUGGUUCCUCCUCUGACAGAGGGACAGCAGACCACACUGACCUGCACUGCUCCUGGUCUCUGCUCUGGAUCUGAUCCUAAAGUCACCUGGACGUGGAGAGGAGCAGGAAACAUCACUGCUUUCAUGACUGAGGAUCUGACUGCUGUCACAAAGAGACACAGCUCAACUUUGACCUUUAACCCUUCAGAUGAACACCACGGCUCCAACGUCACCUGUAAGGUCAGCUUCACAAACAACAUCACUACAGAGGAGACAGUGACUCUGAAUGUGACCUAUGUGAAAGAAUUUAAAAUCACUGGGAAUACAAGUGUGAAGGAGGGUGAGACUCUGAAUCUCACCUGCAGUGUUGAAAGUUUCCCUCCAUCUCUCAUCACGUGGACAAAAUCUUCUGAGGAAAACUUUCUGAAUGGAUCAGAAACGAAUUGGGAGAACAACACCGCGAUCUUCAUGCAGAGAGAAAGUGGAAUGGGCACUUUUUCCAUCUCUAAUGUGACAACAGAGGAUUCAGGACUGUACAUCUGCAGAGCAAAGUAUCUGAAUAAAACCCUGGUGGAAAGGGUUGAUGUAACAGUCAUAUAUAUGAAGGAACCUGUUAUCACUGGAAAUACAACUGUUGAGAAGGGAGAUGCUCUGAAUUUAACCUGUAGCGUUGAAAGUUUUCCUCCAUCUCAUAUCAAAUGGACUGUAUUUGGCUCCAACGAGAAGCUGCACAAUGGACUUGACCCCGACCUGCAGAACGACACUGGAUCAGCCACACUUUUCAUCCCUAAUGUGACGGCAGAAUAUUCCGGACAGUACGUCUGUACAACACAACACCUGGACAAGACUGUGACUACAUAUGCUGAUGUAACCGUUACUUGGUUUUCAAAGAUCUUAAAAAACUCUGGGUGUGUGGUUCAGUCGGAGGUCCUGACCUGUGUGUGCAUCAGUGAGGGGUUUCCAUUACCCACCAUCAAAUGGCCGCUGUUGGAGAACCACACUGAGUACUCUGUCAUCACCACUGUGUCAAACCACACAGUCAACAGCACCGCCACUCUAACUGUAAAAGACCACAGCAACACUUCUGUUAAUUGUGUCAGCAGCAAUGAAAAUGGGGAAGCUAAAGAAAACCUCAUCAUUCACAUACAAAUGUCAGAACAAGAUGAUGAGUCCAAAGAUCUAGUUUCAUGGUUGGAAGUCAUCAUUGCCUUUUCGAUUGGUGCAAUUCUUUCAGCAGUCAUUUUCUGUUUGAUCACAAAAUGCCACAGUGACUAUUUUAACAGAGACAAAAAAAUAGAUGCUGGUCAAACAGUCGAGGAUGAUCAGACCUACUACCAAGAGUUAGCCGAAGGAGAAGAAGGAGCUGCGGCGGCAGAGCAAGCAGCCCCUGAUCUCAAUGGUGGACCUACAGAUGUGGAGUACGCCAGCAUUGAUUUCUCCCUGUUGAAAAGAAAGAAUCCCAGAGAGGCAGCAAAGAAGAAAGAGACCACAGAGACAGAGUACGCUGAAAUCAAGAAAGAAGUAAAAGAGGAAACAGAAAACAAUAGCGGAGAGGAAGGUUGUGUCUUGGAGGGGGUGAUGAUCAUGGAGGAUGAAGAGACUAAGCAUUGUGUCCCUGCAGAGGACGACGGGGAGGACGCUGAAGUGUACUCUAACGGGAUGAACCCCAAUGACUUUGUUCACCCUGUGACUUUUCCUCUUGCUCCACCAUCAGUUGCAGAGCAAAGAGGAACAAAGUACAAAAGGAAGACGAAGAGAGGAAGAGUCAGUUCAGAGCAGAGACACGGAGCAGAGAUCACUGUGGUGAGAAGAGAACAGGAGAUCAAGAGGAAAAGAGGAAAAGAAACGGACUGUCUCAAUCAUCAAAUCAGGAUGUUUGUUCUCAUCUGGGCGACUCUUCUUUUCUCUGUGAGAGGCAUCACUGCUGAUACAGGUGCUUCAGUGGGGGAAAUAACAUGGUGUCAAGAACAAUUCUGUAUCACUCUCACAGGAGGAGAAAUAAAAGCAGAGGCUGGACUCUGUGUUGUGAUACCGUGUUCUUUCAACAGUACUAAUGGCUUUACACUUCAACAUAUGUUGUUUAUGAAAUGUGAACCAUCUACAAAAUAUUGUCAGAGGUCGGACAUUAUAUUCAGCACUGACGAGAGCAAUCAAGUUCAGUCUGGGUUUAUGGGACGAGUUUCACUGUUGGAGCCUGACAUGAGUCAGAGGAACUGCAGCAUCAUCAUCAAUGACCUCACUGAGUCAGACUCUGGAUCAUAUCAGCUCAGAAUUGAGUAUUCCCAGUAUAAUAACAACAAGGGAUUUACAUUCCAGCUAAAAUCAAAUGUCUCUGUUAAAGGUCUGACCCAGAAUCCCACAGUGAUGGUUCCUCCUCUGACAGAGGGACAGCAGACCACACUGACCUGCACUGCUCCUGGUCUCUGCUCUGGAUCUGAUCCUAAAGUCACCUGGACGUGGAGAGGAGCAGGAAACAUCACUGCUUUCAUGACUGAGGAUCUGACUGCUGUCACAAAGAAACACAGCUCAACUUUGACCUUUAACCCUUCAGCUGAACAACACGGCUCCAACGUCACCUGUAAGGUCAGCUUCACAAACAACAUCACUACAGAGGAGACAGUGACUCUGAAUGUGACCUAUGUGAAGAAACCUGUGAUCACCGGAAUGACAACUGUUAAGGAGGGUGAUGCUCUAAAUCUAACCUGCAGUGUUGAGAGUUCCCCCCCCUCUGUUAUCACCUGGACUAAACUUGGCUCCAACAAAAACCUGCAAAGUGAAAAUACAAGCGUCCUGAAGAACAACACUGGAACAGCCACUCUCAUCAUCCUUAAUGUGACAGCAGAAUGUUCUGGAGAGUACAUCUGUACAGCAAAGCACCAGAACACUACUCUGACCACACCUGCUGAAGUAAAUGUAAAAUAUGUGAAGAAACCUGUGAUCACCGGAAUGACAACUGUUAAGGAGGGUGAUGCUCUAAAUCUAACCUGCAGUGUUGAGAGUUCCCCCCCCUCUGUUAUCACCUGGACUAAACUUGGCUCCAACAAAAACCUGCAAAGUGAAAAUACAACCAUCCUGAAGAACAACACUGGAACAGCCACUCUCAUCAUCCUUAAUGUGACAGCAGAAUAUUCUGGAGAGUACAUCUGUACAGCAAAGCACCAGAACACUACUCUGACCACACCUGCUGAAGUAAAUGUAAAAUUUCAUCCAAAGGUCUUCAGUAGCUCUGCAUGUGAGGUUCAGUGGGAGGUCCUGACCUGUGUGUGCAUCAGUGAGGGUUUCCCUUUACCCACCAUCAAAUGGCCGAUGUUGGAGACUCGCACUGAAUACUCUUUCACUACCAAUAAGUCAAACCACAUCGUCAUCAGCUUCGCCAAAUCUGUAAAAGAUCUCAACUCCACCACUGUUGAAUGUGUCAGCACCAAUGAAAUUGGGGAAGCAAAAGAGAACCUCACAGUCAGAACAAAGGAGUUAAAACAAAACGAUCUACUCAAUGCAUUUUUUACAGCCACAAGCCAUCAUUGCGUUUUUCAUUGGGAUACUUCUUGCAUCAACGAUCUGCUGUUUGGCCAUAAAAUGCUGCAGAAAUAAACAGAAGAACUCUGCUGAGGCUCUGGAGAUGGUGACGACUCAAGCGGUUCCACUGUUAGAUGCUGGUCAAGGAGUGGACAAUGACCAAGGGGAAUCUGAAGAAGGAGCUACAGCUGCUGGGCAAUCUGCCUCUGGUGGUGAUGUGGAACCAAAAGAGUUGGAGUACUCUGCCAUCGACUUUUCCUUGGUGAAAAGGAAGAGUCCCUUAGGGGCAGAGAAUACCCAAGAGACCAAAGAUACAGUGUAUGCCAAAAUCAAAAACAAAGCAAAAGAGGAGAGACAAAACGAUGGUGCUGAGGAGGUAGCAAUGGUGGAGGGCAGUGAAGAGGAGGAGGUGAUGGUAGGGGAAGAUGAGGAGACAAAACAGUAUCUGCCGAAGGACGAGGAAGGAGGUGAGGAUGUGGCAGUGUACUCCAAUGUGAAGGAAAUAAUGGGGGAGAUAGAAGGACUGUAUAGCAUGGAGGAGUCACUUAACAAUUAAUGUUUCUUUCCUUUUUUUGAAUUUGGAAAGAGAGAGAAAACACAACAGGUGAUUCAUCGCAGACAGAUGAGACAUAAUGUAGUGAAACAAGCUUUACAUUAAACAUAGGACGAGCUUUAGUGCAAGAUGGGGUUGAUAUUCAUAUUUUAUAUUUGAUGCUGGUGUGUAUGUAUGAGGUUGAAGUAUAUCAUAUUUUACAGAAAGGGAAGCAGUUAGAUUCAAUGAGAAUAAAACAUAAAUAAUAAUACAUUUUAUUUAAAUAGCGCUUUUCAAAAAAGUCAGAUACACUUUACAAAGGGGAUAAAAUAGAGAUAAAUAUUUUAAAACAUACAUCCUAGACAAUUAAGCAGGAAGGACAGACACGUUAAAUGGUUAGACAUUAAAAGCAGACUUAAAUAAGUGUGUUUUUAGUGUUUUUUUGGAUGUAACGGAGUGAAGCUGAAGUCCGGAUAUGAGUGGGAAGAGAGUUCCAGAUGAUGGGAGGCAGUAGCAUAAAAAAGGCCCUGUCACCUCUGUUCGAUACUCGGUCCUAGUUGUUGGCUUGAGGAGGUUAGUAGUUGAGGUGAUGAAUGAGUGGAUGAGGAUUUCAGCAGAAGAAAAGGAGAGGGGUUGGCGGAGGAGGGCAAUAUUUUUGAGAUGAUAAAAAAGGCUGUUUUGACAAUGUGGUCGAUGUCGGAUUCAAACGAAAGAGUUCUGUCAAAAAAGUAAAUCAACAAUUAAAAAUAAAAGCGUACUGGGAGAGAAGUAGAAGAAGGUGAAUAAAAGUGUUGUCAGUACUUAAAGAUGUAUAAGAUAAGAUAAGAUAAUCCUUUAUUAGUCCCGCAGCGGGGACAUUUACAGGAUUACAGCAGCAUAGAGGAUAGUGCAAACAAGAGAUAUAGUCAAAAAAAACAAGAUCAAAAUAAGUAUCAUAAAUAAGCAAAUGAGCCAUAAAAAACAGUAAAAAAAACAGUAAAGGACAGUAAAGAAUCCACAGUAACGGAAAUAUUAUAUAUACAGACAGAAACUAUUAUAACUAUUGUAUUGCACAGUGUAUUAGUGUCGUGUGGUCUGCUGGGAGCAGAGCUGGUUGUGCAACCUGACAGCAGCAGGAAGGAAGGACCUGCGGUACCUCUCCUUCACACACCGGGGUGAAGCAGCCGGUGGCUGAAGGAGCUGCACAGAGCUGCCAGGGUGUCCUGCAUGGGGUGGGAGGUGUUGUCCAUCAGGGAUGAUAGCUUGGCCAUCAUCCUCCUGUCUCCCACUACUUCCACCGUAUCCAGUGGACACCCCGGCACACUGCUGGCCUUCUUGACAAGUUUGUUUAGUCUCUUCCUGUCGGCUGUCGAGAUGCUGCUGCUCCAGCAGACCACUGCAUAAAAAAUGGCUGAUGCCACCACAGAGUCAAAGAAGGUCUUCAGGAGUGCUCCCUGUUCUCCAAAGGACCUCAGUCUCCUCAGCAGAUACAGUCUGCUCUGACCCUUUUUAUAAAGUUCAUGUAUAUGUUUAAAGGGGUCUUAGCAGAGGGGGCAAUGCAGCUCGUUUUGUACCAAAGUGCACUUUUGUUGUGAUCUUUUUAUUUAAAGCCACAAUAUGUGUAGCCGUGGCUCAGGAAGUAAAGCAACCGAGUUGUACAGUAAUUGCAGGGUUAGACACUUAACCCUAAAUCUUGUUGUCAUGUGCUUGAUAAAAGUUCAUUUAAAUGCAGUCAAUUUAUAUAUAAUAUUCAAACUUAGAUGCCUAAGCUAGCUGUGGCUGUACACCUAAAUGUAGCCACCAGGAACUGGUGAGUAGGGCAGGUGUAGCCAAUUAUUGAUGUAAGUCUCCGCCCACAUAACAGGACAUAUAAACACAGGCCUAGUCACGGACAUAUCUUGUUGUCUGGGGUCCUACCACUUCCUGUUCGUGUUGUAUGUUGGCAAACAAAAAGACGUGGCAAGUAUGUACUGUUGGGCUUUAACUUAACAAUUAAAACUGGUAGCUUGAAACAGGUUUCAUGCUUUGAUUUUAGUCACAGCUUUACAUGUUCUCAAAACUAAUUUAGCAAUGGUUCCUUACUAUAUAUUUAGCAUUUAUCUUUUAUGUUUUGAUGUUUUGGUUCAUAAUUGCAAUUUUAUUUAAUUUCAGAGCCUUUGAUCACAUGGCCAUCGGUAUGGUUGUCAGCUGCUGUUUUUAAGAUGUAUUCUCCACAUUUCCCAUUUCCGUUCUUAUAGUUUCAAGCCAGGCCCCAAUGAUCUGAGGUCAUUAUUUACUAUCACCUGAGUGAAGUGUAGAUUCACUGCAUGUUACCUAUUUUAUAAAAGUCGGUUAGGUAUUUUAAGUUGUAUAUCACUUGUCCCUAGUUCAAUAAGUCCUGCUUGAAAGCUUAACAGCUUAUUAUUGCAAAAUGUUUGUACAAUAAAAGACGACUGA